GCUGGUGGAGAGGAGGGGAGAGGAGAGGAGAGGAGGACGGCACUUCCUCCGUGCCGCUCAUUCAGGUCAUCCUCCCCACUCACCAGCGCGCCUCUUUCGCUUUGUCUGAAGUGCGGUGUGUUAGAGGACUGCGCAGCCCUGACCGCUCUUUCAGCCCAGCACACACACACACACACACACACGCACACACACACGCACACACACACGCACACACACACAUGCACACGGGGACACGAUGAGGGCCACCAUCCUCUCCGUGCUGCUCCUCUGCUCAACCACCUUCAUCCUCGGAGUAACAGCCGACGCCAAGUGCGAUGUGAGCGGAGAGGUUGGAGACAGGGUGCCCAUUGAUCUGGGUUAUCCGUACACCAAAGCAGAAGAUGAACUGGUCUGGAAACGCAGCACAGUGACAAUCAUUAAGCAAAAGAAAGGAAAACUCGUAACAGGAAAAGAAGGAGAUGUAGAGGAUAAUGGAUCCGUUGUCCUGCACAAUGUGACGAUGGAGCAGAAAGGAGAAUAUUCUGCUGAAGUGUUUAACAGUGGUGGAAAACAGGUGUACUCAGUAACGAAGAACUUGUGCGUGAGAGAGAAAGUUUCGAAACCCGGCAAGCCCUCGUUCACGUGCUCGGGUUCCUCGGUCAAACUGACCUGCGAUGCGCAGGGCACCAGCUCGGACAUCGUGUGGCUGAAGAACAACAAAGAGACGAAGAAGACGGGCACAGCUCUGACGCUGAAGCUCGCCGAAAUAACGGCAGCUGAUGAAUUCUCCUGCAGCAUCUCAAACAAAAUCCGUUCGGCGCAGAGCGACGCCGUCAAGGUGUCAUGUCCAGGUCUCACUCCAGAACGAAAACUCUUCGGCUUGGACAUGUACAUCAUGAUAGCGAUCCUCGCGGGAGGAGGCGGCCUGUUCCUCAUCCUCGUCGGGGUCCUGGUCUUCUGCUGCUUCCGCCGCUACAGGCAGAACAAGAACCGGUUCAGAGAUGAGGAGGAGCUCCGACUGGCCGCCGUCACCCAGCAGCAGCAGCAGCAGCAGAAGCGGCAGGAGCAGCGGCACCAGGAGCAGGAUCCGUACGCGCACCCGCACGGGCAGCACCGGCACCAGGCGCCCCCGCGAGGACACGCGCCGCCCUGCCCCCACCCGCAGAACGGAGACGGACAGACGCCGGCGCCGCCCAGGUCGAGAGGCAAACCCCGCUCCAGACCGCCGCCGGUGCCCGCCGAGGACGGGGCGGAGGAGCAGCCGCCACCCCGACCCAGGCCGAGGCAGUCGGCGCCCCGGCACAACCGCUAGGCCGCGAACGUGCGCUACCGAGAAGGCCAGCGACCCCAGAACCGCCCAUUUCAUUUACAGAAAGAGUUACUUAUGAAUUCAUUUCCCUUCAGCAAACUCUCCUCCUCAGUGACGUGCAAAUCAGAGUAAACAAAGUGCAUCAUCAACCCACAAAGAGCUUUAGACACACACACCGGAU